AUGCACAGCACGCUGCUCCUCCUCCCGACAAAACACACCUACGUGUCCGAGCACGAUGGCCCGCUCCAACUGCGUCCACUGAGAGACAUGGAGGCUAAACAACAUCCUAUAAAGAGCCUGAAAAGCUACCCGGAAACCGGCGGUCGUAGCCUGGCGGCGGCCGCCGGGGGAGACGGCGGGUAUCGGGCCGGCUCAGCUGAAACGGAGAUGGAGCUGAAGAUCCAGAAAGCCAUCGACUUUAAGGCGGAGGGUCAUCGCUGCUACAAGGAGAAGAAAUUCCGGGAGGCGAUAGGCAAGUACCACCGGGCGCUGCUGCAGCUCAAGGGGGUGCAUGUGGUGGACGGGACGACGGGCUCCGAGGUCAACCUGCUGAGCCAAGCCGCCGCCAAGCUGACCGAGGAGCAGCGGAGAGCCGUGGAGAGCACCGAGAUCGAGUGCUACGACAGCCUGACAGCUUGUCUGUUACAGUCGGAGCUGGUGAACUAUGAGCGAGUGAAGGAGUACUGUCUGAAGGUGCUGAGCCACCAGAGAGACCACUUCAAGGCCAUGUAUCGAGCCGGCAUCGCCUUCUAUCACCUGGGUGAUUACGAAUGUGCAUUGCGCCACCUGUGUGACGCCAAGAACCGCGAACCCACAGACACCAACGUGCUGCGAUACAUCCAGCUGACAGAGAUGAAGAUGAACAAGAGUGGACAGCGGGAUCGAGAAAGCAGCAAGGAGACCCAGGGCUGAUCCUUUACGACCUCCUGACCCCUUGUCUUUGACCCCUUGAACAAUCCUACUCGAUCCUCCCUUUCUCCGGCUCCUCUCCUCUGACUCCAGACAACAGCACAGACAGAAGAGACCCAACCACCCACCUGGUGACACACAAGCAGGGCGCAUAUCAAAAACUGUCUGCUACUUCCUCUUCCUCCUUUUUUCUUUUCCUUUUGAUUUCUCCCUUGGGGGCUGUGGCUCCUGUCUCUUAGACGCAGAAAACCAACUAAAAAACUGAGACGAUGCUGUAUUAUAUUCAUAGAACCCGUCAUUGUGCUGGGGUUAAAGCUGAGCUUUUAGACACAC